GCGAGGUGGGCCCCACCGAAUUUUUUCAAAAAUGCCUCGCCCUUCCACUUCUUCCACCCCGCAUCACCCCCACCUCGUCAGGUUUCCGUUCCGCCUCCGCCUCUGCUGCUCCUCCUCCUCCUCGCCGCCGCCGCCGCCGCGACGAGGCAUGGAGCUCGCGCGAUCGGCCUGCUCCAAGGAGCACCACAAGAUCUACGCCGGCUGGUUCGCCGUCGCCGACCCAGAUGGAGAUGGGCGUGUCACGGGUGCUGAUGCUACCAAGUUCUUCGCCAUGUCCGGCCUGUCCCGCGCCGACCUCAAGCAGGUCUGGGCGAUCGCGGACACCAAGCGGCAGGGGUUCCUCGGCUUCGGCGAGUUCGUCGCCGCGAUGCAGCUCGUGUCACUGGCGCAAGCGGGGGAGGAGAUCACUCAGGACAGUCUGAAGCGCGAAGACCUGAGUAGUUUGGAUCCACCUGUGAUGGAAGGUCUUGACGAACUACUUGCGAGAUCAAAGGCUGGGGUAAAGAGAGUACACCCAGAAGAAAAUGGCGCCCCUCAGGUUCAAGUGCAUUCUGCUAAUAGCUGGUUCAGUUCAAAAUCAGCAAAGAAGAUGCAGGUCCCCCUGACUGCUGUUACUUCUGUAAUUGAUGGCUUAAAAAGACUAUACGUAGAAAAACUGAAGCCUCUGGAGGUUGCAUACCGGUUCAACGAUUUUGCUUCCCCGUUAUUGACAAGCAGUGAUUUUGAUGCAAAACCAAUGGUUAUGCUCUUGGGUCAAUAUUCUACAGGGAAAACAACUUUCAUUAAGCAUCUGCUGCAAACAAGUUAUCCAGGAGCUCAUGUUGGACCAGAGCCCACUACUGACCGAUUUGUUGUUGUCAUGUCUGGAUCUGAUGAAAGGACUAUUCCUGGCAAUACUAUUGCUGUUCAAGCUGAUAUGCCAUUCACUGGUCUUACGACAUUUGGCGGUGCUUUUCUGUCAAAGUUCGAGUGCUCUCAGAUGCCACAUCCGCUGCUCGAUCAUAUCACCUUUGUGGACACCCCCGGUGUCCUGUCUGGUGAAAAGCAGCGGACGCAGCGUAGCUAUGAUUUCACCGGCAUAACUUCAUGGUUUGCUGCUAAGUGUGACCUUAUUCUUCUUCUGUUUGAUCCUCAUAAGCUUGAUAUCAGUGAUGAGUUCAAACGUGUGAUUGCAUCUUUACGUGGCCAUGAUGACAAAAUACGUGUAGUGCUGAAUAAGGCAGACCAAGUUGACACUCAGCAGCUUAUGAGAGUGUAUGGUGCACUGAUGUGGUCUCUUGGGAAAGUACUCAAUACCCCUGAGGUCGCGCGUGUUUAUAUCGGGUCAUUCAAUGACAAACCAGUGAAUGAAUCAGCUGUUGGACCAAUUGGAAAGGACUUGUUUGAGAAAGAGCAAGAUGAUCUCCUCUGUGAUCUGAAAGACAUACCCAAGAAGGCCUGUGAUCGUCGGGUCAACGAGUUUGUUAAACGUGCUAGAGCUGCUAAGAUUCAUGCUUACAUAAUUGGCCAUCUAAAGAAGGAGAUGCCUGCAAUGAUGGGGAAAGCUAAGGCUCAACAGCGACUCAUAGACAACCUGGGUGAUGAGUUUGCAAAGGUCCAAAGGGAGUACCAUCUUCCAGCCGGAGACUUCCCUGACGUUGAGCACUUCAAGGAGGUGUUGGGUGGGUACAACAUCGACAAGUUCGAGAAGAUGAAGCCCAAGCUGGUGCAGGCCGUGGACGACAUGCUCGCGUACGACAUCCCGGAGCUCCUCAAGAACUUCAGGAACCCUUACGAGUGAGCCCGCUGACCUCUCGUCAGUUGUAAGAUAAAGAUGACCCCGCUCGGUCGUGAGUCGUGACACUGUAUGUGAGUGACACCUGAUGAUGAAGGAAUAUGUUGUCAAGGCGAGACAUGGACGGUUUUCUACUUUACCUGCCCAUCUUUUGCAAA